UUCUCCACAACAACUUGAGUUUAGUUUCUUGUCUCCAACCAUUAUCCUCUGCAUCUGUGCUUCUUCUUUUUCUUUCAUCAACCUCUUCAGAAACAUUAUCAAUGGAGACUACCGUCACGUGCUACUCACAUGGGAUCCUCCUCCCACGCGUUUCUUCUCAACGUUCCCCCACUUUGGUUUCUCCCCCUUCUUCCUUCUCCACAUCAUCCACCUUCAAGGGUCUGAAGUCAAGCUCAAUCUUUGGAGAUUCACUCCGAGUAGCACCAAGAUCGCAGAUGAAAGUAACAAAGGCCAAGAACAAUGGUGCUUCAUCCGUGACCAAAUGUGAAAUUGGUCAAAGCUUGGAAGAGUUUUUGACACAAGCAACUCCAGACAAAGGAUUGAGAACUUUGCUGAUGUGUAUGGGAGAAGCAUUGAGGACAAUAGCUUUCAAAGUUAGGACAGCUUCUUGUGGUGGAACAGCUUGUGUUAACUCCUUUGGCGAUGAACAACUUGCUGUUGAUAUGCUCGCUGAUAAGCUUCUCUUUGAGGCUUUGCAAUACUCGCAUGUGUGUAAGUACGCUUGCUCUGAAGAGGUACCUGAGCUUCAAGACAUGGGUGGUCCAGUGGAAGGUGGGUUUAGUGUGGCGUUUGAUCCACUGGAUGGAUCCAGCAUUGUGGAUACAAACUUCACUGUGGGAACGAUCUUUGGGGUUUGGCCUGGUGACAAGUUAACAGGAGUCACAGGAGGAGAUCAAGUGGCUGCAGCCAUGGGAAUCUAUGGUCCAAGAACCACCUAUGUUGUGGCUAUUAAAGGGUUUCCAGGAACUCAUGAGUUCUUGCUUCUUGAUGAAGGGAAAUGGCAGCAUGUUAAGGAGACAACAGAGAUUAAUGAAGGGAAGAUGUUCUCACCUGGAAACUUGAGAGCCACGUUUGACAACUCUGAAUACAGCAAGCUGAUUGAUUACUAUGUGAAAGAGAAGUACACACUGCGAUACACAGGAGGAAUGGUUCCUGACGUUAACCAGAUUAUUGUGAAGGAGAAAGGAAUCUUCACGAACGUGACUUCUCCUACGGCCAAGGCAAAGUUGAGGCUGUUGUUCGAAGUGGCUCCUCUUGGACUGCUCAUUGAGAAUGCUGGUGGGUUCAGCAGUGAUGGACAAAACUCUGUGCUUGACAAGACCAUCGUCAACCUCGACGAUAGAACUCAAGUUGCUUAUGGUUCAAAGAACGAGAUUAUUCGUUUCGAAGAAACCCUUUACGGAACUUCAAGACUCAAGACUGCUCCCGUUGGAGUUACUGCUUAGAACUCCCUUUUUAAAUAUAAACUGCAAGCAUGUUUAUUUUUCCUUUUUCCAAAAAAAAACGGAUAAUGUAUGUACUUUUGCUAUUGGGUUAUAUAUAUGAGAAGCAACAAAACCAUCAGCAAUGGUUUUAAUA